AUGGAGACGCUGGAUUGGGCAAACGGCACUUCGGCUCGCGAAGAGUGGGUUAUCGUUAUCCAGACAACAGUGCUGACAAUUACCACACUUCUUGUGAUUGUUGGGAACAUCCUCUGCUUUAUGGUAUUGCUGAAAAGCAAUGAUACCGGCGAGGUUACUCGGUUGUGCAUGCUGUUCCUUACCGCGACCGAUACCGGCGUUGGGUUCCUUAUAUGCAUACCAGUGACCGGUGCUACCGCGGUGGACCGGUGGCCGUAUGGUGACGCUUUCUGCCUGGCAUUAGCCGGCAGCACGAUUCUUCUCUCGAUGGAUAGCAUCUUCGUUGUGCUGGUGAACGUGGAAAGAUUUGUUGCCAUCGUAUGGCCGUUGCGCAGCGUGACUUACGUGACCAUACCACGGGUGCGAGUGGCGCUUGUUGGUGUGUGGGCUCUCGGUGCUUCUUUUGCCGGGGUGUAUUGCUUCAUACCUGGUCGAUCUGCGGUCUACCAUCCGCAUUUCCACACCUGUUUUAUGGAUCCUGACGACCCGGACCAGUCGGACAGCGUUGGAAUAAUGGCAGCCUGGAUUUUCGGCAUUCUCCCUUUCGUAAUCACGCUCCUCCUGUACGGACGGUUGUACCAGAUUGCGCGACGCCACGCAAGGCAAAUCAGCGUCAUGGAAGGUCCUCAGAACCACCAUGUCAUCAAGAGAUCGGACCUGAAAACAGCCACUACUUUUUUCAUCAUGACUGCGGUCUUGGCCGUGUCCUGGCUGCCCUUCGCCGUAGUCAUUUGCUACGAAGGUGUAACUCGCCGUACGGCCCACCCAGCGGCCAUUUUCAUCUCGGAGAUCCUGCUUCUCUCCAACAGCUACUGGAACAUCGUCAUCUACUACAUCAGGAACGAGAAGUUUCGGCGGGCCGGACGACGAUUCGUCCGGGAUUGUCUGUGCAAGGGACGUGACAACAGGCUCAGAAACGAGAUUGAACCCAGCAGAAUUAUUGAAUCACCCUCGUUGAAAUCAAAUGCCGUACUGACACAUCACUUAUGA